UACUGAGUCGAACACUAAACGCGAUCAAGCCAAGUUGGGAGACUUAAUGAGGAUCACGAACCAAAGGAUCGAGGUGUAUUCAUCCUAAUUUUAUUGUUUAUGGGAGCAGGAAAAAUCUGAAGAUGCUGAGAAAGGGAGAAUGGGUCUGGGUGGACUCAAACAUCGGGGUCCCCAUUGGAGCCCGGGUCAAAGAAACACCAACUGGUCACAGGUUACUGGUUGAUGAUGACGGAAAUGAGCAGAACCUGGCCCUGAAGGAGGAAGGCUCUCUAAAGAUCAUGCACUCGACAUCUGUGGAGGGGGUGGAUGACAUGAUCAAGCUUGGGGACAUGACGGAGGCUGCCCUCCUCAGAAACUUGAUGCUCAGACACAAGCGAGGUCACAUCUAUACCUUCAUAGGUUCAGUUUUGGUGGCAGUGAAUCCGUACCAGGAUUUUCCGAUAUAUUCAGCCGAACAAGUGCAGUUAUAUCACAGUCAGAAGCUAGGAGAACUCCCCCCACACAUCUUUGCCAUCGCUGAAUCCUGCUACUUCAACAUGACGCGGCAUUUCAGAAACCAGUGCUGCAUCAUCAGUGGGGAGUCUGGAGCAGGGAAGACAGAGAGCACCAAACUGAUCCUGCAGUACUUGGCAGCGGUCAGCGGGGAACUCUCUCAGCAGGAGAUUGAAAAGCAGAUCCUGGAGUCCAACCCGAUUCUGGAAGCAUUUGGGAAUGCUAAAACAAUCCGCAAUGACAACUCCAGCCGCUUUGGAAAGUACCUGGAGAUCUUCUUCAACAAAGACGGGGUGAUCGAAGGUGCUCGGGUGGAGCAGUACCUUCUGGAGAAGUCUCGUGUGUGCCAUCAGGCCCCAGAGGAGCGAAACUACCAUAUAUUUUACUGCCUGAUGGCAGGAACCACCUCAGCGGAGAGAAAAGCUUUGAACCUUGAAUAUUCCAAGGAAUAUGUCUACCUCACUAAGGGUGACUGCAUUGUGUGUGAGAGCAGAGAUGAUGUUAAGGAUUUCAAGCGCAUCCGCACGGCCAUGAAAAUCCUGACCUUCUCAGAACAACAGUUCCAGGAAAUCCUCAAGCUGCUGGCAGCUAUAUUACACCUGGGAAACGUCAGCUUCGAGGCCUCCACUAAAGACAACCUAGAGACCAGUGAUGUGGGCAAAUCUGAGCAUUUCACCUUCGCCUCAUCGCUGUUGCAGGUGCAAAGGUCCAGCCUUGCCAACAGUUUGACACAUCGUUCCUUUAUGACCAACAGAGAGAGAGUCACGAAGCCCCUCAGCUGUGAACAGGCCACUGACUGCAGAGACGCCUUUGUAAAGGCGAUCUACAAUAAGCUCUUUAUAUGGAUCGUUGGAAAGAUCAAUAGCGUCAUCUCUCAAAAACUGGCCAACGGACCCAAAUCUUCGUUUCUGUCCGUCGGCCUGCUGGAUAUAUUCGGCUUUGAGAACUUCAAAACAAACAGUUUUGAGCAGCUUUGCAUUAAUUUUGCUAACGAGAAGCUGCAGCAGUUCUUUGUGGCCCACAUCUUCAAGCUGGAGCAAGAAGAGUACCUGAAAGAGGGGGUCAUGUGGAAUAACAUCCAGUUCAGCGACAACCAGAAAAUCCUGGACCUUCUGGCUGGGAAACCGUGCAACGUGCUCGCUCUGAUCGAUGAAGAGACCCACUUUCCAAAGGGUUCAGACUCCACCCUGCUGAACAAGAUGAACAGUACACACAGAAAAGACAAGGCCUACAUGAACUCCAAGAGUGAACACGACAGACAUUUUGGAAUUCGCCACUUUGCGGGGGAUGUUUUAUACGACACUAAUGGAUUCCUGGAAAAGAACAGAGAUGGAGUUAGUUAUGACAUCAUUAAAACAAUCGAAAUGUCCACCAAUAGGCUCCUGCGUGAUAUAUUUGAGAAGGACCUGUCAACCAACGGAGUGAAGCCAUCUAAAAUUGCAAAGUUCAUCAUGAUGCCCACAAACUCCAUGCGGGGGCAGAACGAUGCCCGUAAACAAGUUCCGACGCUGACUGGUCAGUUCCGAGUGUCUCUGGAUUCCCUCAUGAAGACUCUGUCUGCCUGCCAGCCCUUCUUCAUCCGCUGCUUCAAACCCAACAACGACAAGCAGUCUAAGACAUUUGACAGAUUGCUUUGCCUGCGUCAGCUGAGAUACUCAGGCAUGAUGGACACCAUCCGCAUCAGGAAGCUGGGAUAUCCUGUGCGUCACACAUUUGAGGACUUCCUGAAGCGCUACAGAGUUCUCCUGAAAACAACCGUCUGUGACCCCAGAACCAGAGAAGCUGCAGCCUGUUGUGACGUCAUCUGCAGGGCCGUAAUUAAAGGAAGGGAUGAGUGGAAAAUAGGAAGGAGCCAAAUUUUCCUGAAGGAUUCCCAUGACGUUGUUCUGGAACGCUUACGGGAAGAAGAGCUGAGCAGGGUAGCUGUGGUGAUUCAAAGGGUCAUGCUGGGAAUAAAAGACAGAAAGCUUUUCCUGAGGAAGCGUGCAGCGGCUGUGGUGCUGCAGAAGCAGUGGAGAGCUUACAGACAAAGAAUAGUGCAGCGAAAGCUGGAGCAGGGUUUUGGGCGGCUGGUGUCAAAGAUCCGCGGUCAGAAGCUUCAGUCUCAGUACAAGAGAAAGCAAGCAGCUGCAGUCGUCAUUCAGAAACAGGUACGAGGCUACCGGGUGAGGAAAGACUACCAGCUGAAGAGAGAAGAAAUUGCAAGGCAGGCUUUGCUCUUAGAGUCAGAGAAGCAGAACCAAGAUGAGAUUGGCUUGGAAAUCCAGCAACGACUGCUACAAGUUGCUGCAGAGCAAGCCGAGAUACAAUCAAAGACAUCUAGUGAGCCUGAUUCAAUGGAAAACACAUAUCAGACGCUCCAAGUGGACAUGGAGGACAAAUCAUCAGACACAUCAUCAGAAUCACCAUCAUCAGAGGCCGAGGACGUUUUGAAGGUGGAAGAGGAAAUCCCUCAGAGCUCAAACAAGGGGAUGGUUAUCAUCACGCCAGCCUCUAACUCAGCAACCCCUACACCGUCGCUGGACGAGGAGGAGGAGGAGUUUGAUGACAUGUUUGAUGAUGAGAGUGACACAAUGUCCUUUUACAACUUCAGCAGACGUUAUUUCCAAAACAGUGUGGACCACAAACACACCCCCCAGAGACUGAAACAGCCCCUCCUGCACCACGAGGAUGAAGGAGAUGGGCUGGCGUCUCUGACUGUUUCAUGGAUCAUUAUGCGGUUCAUGGGGGACAUACCCGAACAGAAACCUGCAGACUCGGUAUCUCAGCAUUCGAGCACCAUCUCUCAGAGCACCAUGCCCCGGCUGCUUCCAAACAGGCAAGGCCGGAGGCUGAGCAGUCUGGUGGGACUGGAUCAGAAAAUCCUGAGGAGGAACAAGAAAAAGCUUAGCAGUGGAACCAGAAAAGCCUCAACUAUACUGGAGGAGCCAGAGAACUUGACAGAGGACGAGGAUAUUUUGGUGGGAGAGGGCCCGACACUGGAUCGACAACUUACACAGCUGGAAAAGUUGCAGAUUAUUGUUGGAUAUGGUCUUUCACGAGAAGGCAUAAGGGAUGAGAUCUACUGUCAGAUCUGCAAACAGCUCGUGAACAACAGGAACAGGAAGAGCUGUAUGCAAGGCUGGGUUCUCCUCGCCCUCUGUCUGGGGAUCUUCCCUCCAACAGACCUCUUCAUGGGGUGUUUGAAGAACUUCCUUCGUAGAGGUCCAAGCGGUUACAGAGAAUACUGCACUCUGAGGCUGCGUCGUAUAGUAGACAAUGGAGAGAGAAAAGAGCUCCCUUGUUGGAUAGAGCAGCAGGCUGCCAUCAAAAAGGAGCCAAUUGAUUGGGCAGUAACACUAAUGAACGGUGAAACAGUCACUGUACAGCUGGAUUCGGCAUCCACCUCCUUUGAAGUCUGCCAGGCUGUAGCUAACAAGAUUGGACUUAAAGAUACUUUUGGGUUCUCCCUCUACAUAAGCUUCUAUGAAAAGAUGUGGUCUUUGGACUGCAGCAAGAAGAAGCAUGUGCUGGACGCUGUGUCUCAGUGCGAGCAGGAAAUGAGGAGGCAGGGCAGGGAGGAGAAGGAAACACCCUGGACACUCUCCAUCCGCAAGGAACUGUUUGCACCAUGGCACGACUGCUCCCAGGACCCAGUCAGCACAGAUCUGAUCUACAAGCAGGUCGUCAAGGGAAUCAAGUCUGGAGAAUAUGUCAGUGAGAAGGAUGAUGAAUAUGUCCAGCUGGCUGCAAUGCACUACUUUAUCCAGUUCGGCUCACAGGAGUUCCACAGACACAACGUCCAGCAGGUGGUCCAGGAGUGCAUCCCAACCACGCAGAUUGAGAACAAAUCUAUGACUAAAUGGAUCGAGCUCAUUACCGCAGAACACUCAAUGGAGACAUAUAACAACGGCAGACUGAAGGCAGAGAAGAUAAAAGGAGAUCUGGUAGACAUCGCCCGCCGGAACUGGCCGCUUGACUUUUCAAAGCUUUAUGAAGUCACAAUGACGUCAGGACCUCCAUUGCCCAAAAGCAGAUUUUUUGUGAGUGUAAACUGGAAAACCAUUGUCUUCAUGGAGAAAAGGGAGAAGAUUCUUCUCGAGAUUCCCUAUGUAGAGGUGAAAAAUGUCCAGAUAACGAGUGACGGCCACCAGUCUGUGAGUUUGUCCACAAUCAGAGGACAGUACAUCCUGAUGUGUCAGGAAGCUGCAGACAUGGCUAAUGUGAUGGAAUACAAUGUUGAUGGCCUUAAAAAGCGUUCUGUGUACGCUAUGGUUCAGCAGGAUAUUCCUAAACAAGAUGAUCCCAUUUUCCUGAUCUGUAAACGUGGUGACCUGCUGUUAGUGGAGAAAGAUGAAGGUUAUUCAACAGAUAGCGUGAUCAGAGCAUUCAACCAGCGAACCAAAAGCAACGGGGCAGUUCAUAGGAACAGAGUGGAGUUUCUACCAACUCUUACCGAACCCAGUGAGGAUAUGCUGCAACUGAUCAGCCCGAAGCAGAGGAGAACCUCUGUCCCAACUAUUGUCCCUCUGGUCGAAGAGACAGUGGCUCCCAUUUCUUUGAAAGAGUUUGCUCUUGAGAAUUUCAGAUCAGUUGGCAAAGAAGGUGGCAAGCACGGUUAUUCUAAGUGGGGGAACAAGGAGAAGUUGUGGGCUUUUUCAAAGGAGCCUAUCAAACAACCACUCAUGAAGACUUUGGCUGGCAACCCAGACCUCAGCAGCCUGGCCUGCAAUGCCUUUACUGCUAUCUUGAAGUAUAUGGGCGACUACCCCAUUAAACAAUCACGAAGUCCUGUAGAGCUGACUGACCAGAUCUUUGGUCCAGCCACAAAGUAUGUGGAGCUGCAAGAUGAAAUCUUCUGCCAAAUAAUGAGACAGAUGACCACCAAUAGCAACAGAUUGAGUGUGGCGCGUGGGUGGCAGCUGAUGUGGCUGUGCUCAGGCUUGUUCCCACCUGGUCCGAAAUUAAUUAAACACACACAGCGCUACCUGGAAUCACGGCCCAGGGACCCGUUGGCUGCCGGCUGCUUACAGAGGCUGCAGGACUUUUCAAGUAAAGAGCCCAGGAAACUUCCUCCCCAUCAAGCAGAGGUGGACGCCAUCCAACAAGACAGCACUAAGAUCUUCCAUAAAGUCCACCUCCCAAAUGAAACCGAUAUUCUAGUCGAGGUGUCUUCAACAACCACGAACAGAGAGCUACGCUACAGCAUCGCCGCCCAGCUCUCACUGAGCUCACCAGAAGGAUACGGCCUGUAUAUGAAAGUGACACACAAGAUGGUGAGCCUCGAUGAGGACCAAUAUUUCUUUGACAAUCUAAGGCUGCCUGCAGACGUUCCUAAGAAAGGAAAAAAAGUGAAAGAAGUCAACCCAUCCAAUGUCCUGUUCCUGGUGAUCUUCAGAAGGAAGCUCUGGUUCAACGUGAUCCCAGGAAAAGACCUCGUCGCAGAUCUUAUUUUCCAUUUCCCACAGGAGGUGCCCAGGUACCUGCGGGGAUACCACAGCUGCACCAAAGAGGACAUGUUUAAUCUGGGUGGGCUCCUGUUUAGAGUGGCAGUGGACUCUGACAGAUCACAGUUUGUCAUGAUCCCUAGAAUGCUGAAUGAGCUGAUUCCUGCUGACCAAAUAGGAUCCAUGUCUGCUGAAGAAUGGAAGAAGAACAUUAUCUCAUCAUACAGCAGGCAGAGUGGCAUCACAGUGCAAGAGGCUAAAAUUGCCUUCCUGACAGAAAUUUCAAGCUGGCCGACCUUUGGCUCUUCCUUCUUUGACGUUAAACAAACCUGUGAACCAGAUUACCCAAACAUACUUUGGUUUACCAUCAGCAAGAAAGGUGUUAGCUUAAUUGACCCCAAAACAAAGGAGCUGCAAGUGAUGCACCCGUUCAACCGCAUCAUAGAGUACAGCAGCAGAGGCAACUUUUUCCAGAUGACCAUCCGCACCCUGGUGAAGAGCGUCAUCUUCGUGUGUGAAACCUCACAGGCUUCCACAGUAGAGGACCUUAUUAAAUCAUAUGUGAGGAUGUAUGAGGAACAGAAGCAGAUCACUCGACCGAGGAAAAACAUGUUUUUCUGAGGCUUCAGACUGAGCCAUUUGGAUUUUCCUGCAUUGUUAAACAGUAUCUUUAAGUUUAUGCAUUUGUAAACAAUAAAUGAAAACAUUGUCCAUUAUACGUAUUAAAAGAAUAGUGAUAUCCAAAUGUUUCUGUGCAAUAUAUGUAUUUUUUUUACUUUUACAAUUCUUAACUUUUAGCAGAAAGUCAAGAACGUAGAUUAAGAUUUUUGUGCUGUAAAUUAUUUACAAUGCAAAAACAGAACAAAAAGCAAAGUGUACCGGAGGCAAAUUUCUUGUUUGUAUGUACGAACUUGGCAAUAAAGCUGAUUCUGAUUCUGA